AAUAAAACUGCGUCGGGAGUUUAAACUGUCAACAAACUGAAACAAGUUCAGUCCAUGUUCACGCACGCAAGCUUCUCCACAGCAAAUGUGAGUCUACUCAGGGUGUCGGAGGAAAUAGAGAUAUGUUGAAUGUCAGAGGUGAAAAUAAAAGACAGGACAGACAUGGAAACCUGCGUCAUGUCAGCGCUGGACAGACCCGCGGCGGAGCUGACCGUUGUGGAUGUGUACGACAUAGCGGCGGUGCUCGGACAGGAGUUUGAGCGGAUCAUCGACAGGUUUGGGUGCGAGUCUCUGGUCGGGGUGGUGCCCAAAGUGGUGCGGGUCCUGGAGCUGCUGGAGGCGCUGGUGAGCCGCGGAGCCGCCGGACAGGAGGCCGAGGAGAUGCGGAGGGAGCUGGAUAGGCUGCGGCAGGAGCGGAGCGACAGAUACAAGCAGGAGAGAAAGCACCAGAAGGAGUUGGAGAUGGUGGAGGAUGUGUUGAGAGGAGAAGUCCAGGACCUGCUCUCUCAAAUCACUCAGCUUCAGGCAGAGAACAAGAGGCUGUUAGCCACCAUCUCUCUCAAAGAGUCCCCUGUACCAGAGGAAGACCUGCAGAAACAGGAGGGAAUGUCAGAGAAGGAGAGUCAGGUGAUGAAGAAGCUGAAAGACUUGGUGGAUAAGCAGAGGGAUGAAAUCCGGGCUAAAGACCACGAGCUGACACUGAAAAACGAGGAUGUUGAGGCACUCCAGAUGCAGCAGCAUCGGCUGAUAAAAAUUAACCAGGACCUUCGUCACAGGAUGGGGGUGAUGGAGGGUCAGGGCAAGGCACUGAUCCAGCAGAGGGCUGAGCUGGAAGCUGCAGCCCAGGCACAGCAGCAGGAGCUGGAGGCUCUGCAGCUGGAGGUCACGAGGCUGAGAAAGGAGCUCCGGGGGUGGGACCUGGAGAGAGAGGUCACUGACAUAGAAGAAACCUCUCUUGCCAGAUCUGGGAUGUCAUCACCUCCAUCACCACAGAUAACCUCUUCAGCAGCAGCCGCCGCCUCACCAUCCAACUCCAUCAAACCAGAUUCAGUGUGGGUGGAGUGUGGAGGGGACUCUGACUUCCUGGCGAACUGCUUUGAGUGUGAUAAGAGUCCUUCCCCUCUCCGGAGCUCUUCAAACAGAGAAAAUUAUGAGGAAGAGGGUGACGAUGAUGAGGACAAAACAGCAUUGUUACUGAAGGUGUCAGCUGAUACAGAGACAGAGGAGGAAGCAGACAGCCUGGAGGACGAGUCAGAAAAACCUCGCUUCACCUUGCAGGAAUUGCGAGAUGUCCUUCAGGAGAGGAAUGAACUCAAGGCCCAAGUGUUCAUGCUACAGGAAGAACUGGCAUAUUACAAAAGUGAGGAGUUUGAGGAUGUCAGCUCCAUUGUUUGUGCUCCAUCUCCUGCGCCAUACUCCAGUUCGACUGAUCAGCCUGAAUCAGGAAUUAGACGCUUGAUCUUCACUGCCAUUAUGCCGAUGGUGGCAGCCGGUUUGAUUGCAGAUGACCCCACGUUGUUGCCAAUCAGAAUACUUCUGUCCUCUGUAUGACCUUGUGUUAAAAUUCUCAGUUUGUCAAAGAUAUGUUUACAGGAAUUGGUUUAAUGGCUUCAUUAUUUGGUCAUUUUAAACUAAAUCUGUAAGAUGUUUAUACACUUUAAACUGUGAUGAAUGAACCACUGUUGUCAUGACUGGUGUCAACUUUUAAAAUAUAUUUUGGUAAAAUUUUAGCUAACUUGAGAAAGGCUUUAAAUGAACCAAAGUAAAUGUGGCUAAUGCCUGAGCACUUGUAUGUGUAUUUAUGACCUCUCAGGGUACGAGAGUAUGAAUAGAGUUUUAACAAGCACUUUCAAGUUCUUCAGCAGUCUUUAAAUAAUGUGUCCAGCUGCCAUAAGACUCAUAAAUGGCACAUUUGUGUGUGUUUAAGUGAUGUUAAGAUGUAUCUGAUGGCAAAGUAUUGUUAGUGAGUCUUAUUUCAAGUUGCAGUGAAUGAGCUGGAUGAUCAUGUUCCUCUGUUUUCCAGUAAGAGACUGUUUAAGAUCAUGUGCUUAGUGCCAGCACUGAAUUGAUGAAAAGCGGAUGUUAGUGUGUACUUGCACCACUACAGUCUGGCACCACACUCUGUGGUUUAUACUUAGAGUAGUACAAUCAUACUGGUAAAAUACCAGAAGAAACCUAUUCCAACAAUGAGUACUGUAAAAACAUGUCCUAACAAACAAUAUGUGCUGGGUUGGGUUGCAUCUGUAAAAUAAUGCUUGUUCAGAAUAAUAAAUAGUAAUAAAGUUUUAUUUUUCAA